CCGAGCCUUCCUGUCACUUGCAAAAACCAGGGCGGAUACCCUUGUAAGGGUAUUCGCGCGGACACCGCGACGAUGGAGGAGGAAGGAGAUAACUUAGAGGAGGAAGAAGAAGAAGAGGAGGAGGAGGUGUUGGAGGAGGAGGAGGAUGACGACGAGGAGGAGGAUGACGAGGAGGAGGAGGAGGACGACGACAACGACUGGGAAGGGGAUGAGGAAGAAACGGAGGAGGAAGAAGAGGAGGAUGACCCGACGAUGGAGGAGGAGGAGGAGAACGUUGAGGAGGAGGAGGCGGAGGAGGAGGAGGAGGAGGAGGACGAAGAGGAAGAGGGCGAGGAGGAGGAGGAGGAGGACGACGAAGAGGAAGAGGGCGAGGAGGAGGAGGAGGAGGAGGAGGAGGAGGCCCUGACGAUGGAGAAGGAGGAGAGCCCGACGAUGGAGGAGGAGGGCCCGACGAUGGAGAAGGACGAGGAGGUGGAAGAUGGAGAAGAGGGUGUGGAGGAGAAGGACGAAGUAGAGCAGGCAGCCGUGCAGGAGGCACAGCUACGGCGGGCAUUAGGAGAGAUAAAAGCGGAGAAGGAGAAGAUGAUUAGAAGAAGAGCCAGGAUGCAGCGGAGAGGGGCAGGCAUAGAGGAGUUAGAGACGAUGGACCUAACAAACAUGGAUGAUGAUGUGAGGAUAGUUAGGAGGGCCUUGCUAGGAGUAAUAGAGAUGCAGGAGCAUCAAACUACCAUCCUUCAGGAUAUCCAACAGAGCCUAGCCGUUCUGGCAGGGCGCGCUCCUGUUCAGACAGGGACUAGUUUGCAGGUUCAUGUUCAGACAGUGUUCACCCAAACUCCGUCGCAGGUUGCAGUCACCACGCAGCCUGCUGUCUCGCAGCCUGUGCAGCCGCAGGGCACACAGCCUCAACAGCUAGCACAACAGCCUGUAUCACCGGGUCCACAGCCCGGAGUGGUGCAGGGACCGAGACAACCACAGUGGGUUCCAAAGACGGCCAUCGCCGCUCCGAAACCCUUCACAGGGGACAAGAGAGGCGAAGACCUCGACACAUGGUUGAGGUCAGUGCCAGUCUAUGUCAGGUGUAAACUUACCUUGCCGCACGAAGAAGUGUUUGUGGCUGCCUCCUACCUAGAGGGUAGUGCAGCAAGAGGGUUGAGUGGUUUCGUGCACCUCCAGGGGUAUGGUCAUGAGUUCCGCACUUGGGCGGCCUCCCAGAAAUUGGAGGACUUCCUGAAGAUGGUGGAAGAGAGGUGGCAUGAUCCUCAGGAGGCCCAAAGGGCCACUGAUGUGAUCCUGACCCUUCACACGCGGCAGUUCAAGUUAGUAAGGGAAGCCACCGACGCUGUUGAGCGUUUGAUCUGUGUCCCAGGGGUGCGCUAUGACCCCCAGGUCCUGCUUACCUCGUACUUGAGAUGCUUUUCUCAGCCUCUCAGGAACCAGUUGGCAAGAGAGGCCAACAUCAAUAUGCACAACUUUCCUUCGUUCAGCAAGAUGGCCCUAGACCUUGAAGCUAAGAUAGGGCAUGGACAGGCACCCACUACGGAUGGGAGGAAGAAGACACUGCCUCCUAACUGGAAAGCGAAUGGUCGCUUAAUGUUUGUCGAUAAUGAUGGUUCCACUAUCGAAGUAGACGAACACUUCCAGGAGGGAGUAGGUUCAGAGGCGGGCAGCGUAGAAACUUCAGAGGGUGGAGUAGUCGCUGCCGUUGCUCAGAAAGGAAAGGCGACCGGUAAACGUCGCGGAGGCUCCCCGUCCAGGAGUCAAGUUGACCCCAACGCUCCUCCAUGGGAGAAAGCGGGUCUCACUGAGGACGUGUGGAGAGACCGGUACUCGCGGCAGGCCUGUAUUCGCUGUGGUCAAUACGGCCAUAGUCAAUACAAGUGCCGCAAUAAAAAGUGCUCCGGGAAACACGUCGGGCCAGUAGGAAUAGUAGUUGUUCCUACUAGGGUCGAGGUGGUGGAGACACCCUCACCAUCUCGAGAGAUGGCCCAAGCUACUGACUCCAGCGUCGUCCCGCAAACACUUUCAGACCCAUCGAGCCUCUGUUCGAUGAAUGUGUUUGAGUCCUUAGAAGAGCUAGAGGUGGAGUGGUCUAGAUCAUACCAGCUAGCUUCUUGGACGGCCCUAGUCAAAGCCCCUAAGGGUGAGAUGUUCGUCGGCAAGGUUGUCAUUGGUGGCCGCAACGCCGGGGCCUAUUAUGACACUUGCUCGACUAGGAACUUUAUCAAUCGCGCGUGCGUUGAGAGGCUGCAUUUACAGGGGCGAGUGCAGCGCCUGAGUCGACGUGUGGAGUCGACCUGUGCCAACAAACAGCGCAUGGUAGUCAAUGACUACCUCCAGGAUGUUGAGUGUUGUUUCCCGUACGCAGGAGGGGACUUGAGACAUCGUGUCUCAUUCCUAGUGAGUGGCGAGCUCCCAAUGGAUAUGUUACUAGGUAUGUACUACCUCUCUGUGGCACAGCCCCAGUUUGACUGGGACCGAAAAGUGGUCAAACACAAUUUGUCAGGUGGAGGGACCGCCAGAUUACAUAAGUUCAAAGCCAGUAGUCUGAUAGAGUCCUAUGGGUGCAUGUGUACAACCGCGUUCUACAAUUAUUAUAAGCAAAAUCAGGAGGAGGGUAUGUAUUUAGUCUAUGUCUCUGCUGCAGGCGAGCCGGUGAAAAUGCGGCCGGAGAUAGAGGGAGUAGUUGCUAAGUACCCUGAUCUAUUUGAAGAGCCAACACGGGUUGUUGAGAGGGAGGUCGUCCACGCAAUGGAGAUUAUCCCAGGGUCUAGUAUUCCGAAGGGUAGGAUCUACCGGAUGUCUCCAGGCGAGCUUGAUAAGCUUCGCCGCCAACUCAAGGAACUCGUAGAGAAGGGUUGGAUCCGGCCGAGUGUCUCUCCUUAUGGAUCUCCAGUACUAUUCGUACCUAAGAAGAAGGAGGGUACACUUAGGAUGUGCAUUGUCUAUAGGGGCCUCAAUGCCAUCACUGUAAGGAACAGAGAGCCCCUACCGCGCAUCGACGAUCUGCUAGAUAGAGUGCAAGGGUGCCGGUACUUCAGCAAGAUAGAUCUGAAGUCCGGGUACAAUCAGAUUGCAAUCCAGCCUGAGGAUCAACACAACAACGCCUUUCAGACCAGGUACGGUCUGUACGAGUUUGUGGUGAUACCUUUCGGCCUUUGCAAUGCUCCUGGCACCUUUCAGCACACUAUGAAUCGGAUAUUCCAUGACUACUUGGAUAAGUUUGUCAUCGUGUACCUCGAUGACAUACUUAUUUUUAGUAAGACUGUCGAGGAGCAUGUUGCACAUUUGGACAAAGUCCUCAGUCUCCUGCGACAACACAAGUUCAAGAUCAACGUGGACGCAGCCAUGGUGUGGAGUAACGGGUUAUACGACUAUAGGCCGAGAUGCAUCCAGUCACUCUGCAGGUGGGAGCGAAUGUUGGGAGAUGGGCCUACCGUGACGGCUAUACUAGACUAUAGCUACAGCAGACGAGAGGCAAAGUUAAAGAUAAACGUAGAAGGCGGACGAGAAGAGGAGAUGAGAGCGGACCCAGGCCUGCAGAUGGCGAUUACAGAGGCCAGAGAUCGCGCAGAAAGAAGAUGCCUACGAGACGGGGUCACUUACGAAAUCAAGGUGAUUGUCACUUACUUGGACGAGGGAACCUCCACGGACAUGGUGGAAUGGGAACAGCGGCACUUGGACCGCGACAAUGAGGCAGAAACAGAUUGGAAGCUGCAAAUAGACGCUGCCCCAGAGGCAGAGAAAGCGCAGUACCGAUUCUUCUAUGAGAAAGCAUUGAAGAGGGAGGAGGAAGAGAAAGAGAAGGAGAGGGAGGAGAAGGUAAAGGCUCAUGAAGCCCUUUUAUGUCCAGACCCCGCCGCUGCUGCUACUGCUGCUGCAGCGGCAAGUGGCAGUGCAGGGAAUUCUGAAAUUGUUGCAGUCCCGAGUUCGGACCAGACAAUGGCUGGUCUUAGCGGCAGCUUUGCCUACAUCGAUAGGAAGGCGGCGCAGAUUCCGUCCAAGUAUGACGAAAAGGACGAUAUCGAGUCUUGGAUCAGCUCCAUGCGAUCCUACUUUGAUGUGUUGGGGACACCCCCGUCAACCCAGUCGUCUAUCCUAGGGACUAAUGUGGAGCCCAUCGUGAGGGGUUUCCUGGAAACCCAAGCUGCCCAAUCAGGCUAUAAGAGAAUAGACCUGAACAAAUGGCUGAAGGCUACACCUACCGCCACACUCGAAGAGCUCUUGAUCAAACAGUAUGUUGAUCCACAUGCUGCAGCCAAAGCUAGACUUAAGCUUGACAAGCUCAAGCACAGCAAGUGGACUGGCACCAUGCAUAGCCUGCAGCAGUAUGUUAGUAAACUCUUUGCUACUGUGGAUCUGGAGAUGACUGCGCAGUCUUGUUUGGAUGUGAUAAAAGGUACGGUCCCCUCUACUCUAAAAGAUCGCCUCGGGCUCAGACUCAGCGCAUAUACAGAUUGGCUUACCCUUAUGCGGGACUUAGUCAAGCUGGAGGCACAAAACCUCCCGGGUGGAUCAAGUGGCAAAAAGACCACCAGCCGCAAACGGUUUCCAGGCAGCAACCGUCUUGCAGCACACGAUCUGCUUGAGGCUGACGAGAAGACCCUCGUGGAUGAAUCUUCUUUUGAUGACGAUCAAGAGCAAGACUGCGGGGCAUCUUGCUCUUUGUCAGCCCAUGAGUCUGAGUAUGUGAACGACGAUGAAUCUAUGAAUGCCUUCAAAAAGACUGCCUUUAAAAGUGAGUCGGUUUCCAUUGACCUCACGGACAUGGGAAAGAAGAGCAGAAACGACUAUUCACAAGUAAUGGUGAUCGUCGAUCGUUUUUCCAAAUUUCUGAAUCUAAUCCCAUUACCACCUCAUGCACCAACUGACCUUGUGAUCGAAGAAUUUAACAAAAGGUACAUUCUGCAGUGCAGUCCCCCGAAGACUCUUGUGAGCGAUCGGGAUACCAGGUUCAUGAGUGCAGAUUGGAAAGACUUCACCUCCCAGACCUACGACAUGAAACUCAAGCUGAUGUCUGGUCGACACCCUGAAGCCAAUGGACUGGCCGAGGAGAUCAAUCAGACCGUGAUCCAACUUCUCAGGACUCUUAUCGUGCCUGACCAGAACUCUUGGGAUGAGGAGUUGUCGAUUAUCAAUACAUUGGCCAAGGACUGGGAGACUAAGAAUGGUAUGAACAGAGGGAACAAUCUGAGUGCUGAAAAUAUUAUUCAAGGAGUGAUGGCCAACUAUAUGCCUGCAAACCAUGUUGUGGAUGAAAGAGGGAAGAAGAAGGCUGAAAGUGAAGAGGAAGAGGAUGAUGAUGAUGAGGAUUAUGACAAGAAGGGAGAUUUGUCUAGAUCUAGAAAGAAUGGAGGGAAUGGUGACAGAGGAACCAGAGAAAGAAGAAAAUAUGAUGAUCAUCCUAAGAAGAGUUUUGUUUGCUAUUAUUGUGGUGAAAUAGGUCAUACUACCACUUAUUGCAGGCCUCUUGAGGAGGAUGUGAAGAGUGGGGUGGCAAAGAAGGAUGUUAUGGGCCACGUCUGUGAUAACUCAUGGAACAAGUUGGAUCCCAGGCAUCCAGGAGGUAUGAUACUUCUUGCUCUUAAACAUGAUGAAAAGAUGAAGAAGAAGAAGAAUAAGAGAAAGGUUAAUGUGAAUAUUCAUUUUCUUAUUGAUGAAUUGCCUAAUGAGCUUGUGCAGGAAACAAGUGACCCUCAUACCACGAUCGAGUUGUCUCUGCAAUCCUUAACAUUGACAGAGGAUGCGUCUGAUGAGGCUUUUGCAAGUGCGUCUUCAUUAGAGGGGAAUUUUACUUCUCAGAACCCUUCAGAAUCAGUAGAAUUUUCUUCUAAUGAAACGACUCGCUUUCUGGUCAACAUGAUGUCAUUUGACGGUGACCUACCUCCAGAACUUCUCAUGGAACCUAGUGUUGUGCUUGGUGAAGUGAGAAACCUUCAAGCACGCUUGACGCCCCAAAUGAUAGAGGAAAAGAAAAUAAGGAAAGUUGAGGAGUCUCUGAUUAAUAUUCUUGACGAUCUAGAGCCAGAACUUCCGCAUAGGAAGAAUGAGCAAGGAAGGAAGAGGAAAUUUAUUAUCAAGAAUGAUUUGGAAGACGAGACUGUGAUUACUGACAUGAUUACUAAAAUGUUGGAAGAGACAGAAGUGACCCUGUCCUUCAAGGAACCAAUGACUCUAGCACCUAAGCAGAGAGAAGAACUAAAGAAGUUGAUUGAGAAGAAGAAAUUAUAAGUUAACUAUUUGGGAUCAAUUUUUCCCAGUCAGGUGAACAGAUCACUGCCAGGUUGCAAGAUGAGAUUCGCAACCAUGGGAUGUGGGCACCUGACCAUUUAUGUUAAUCAAGUGAAGAUUCGAGC